AUGUCAACACAAAAGACGACCCGUUCUCUACCAUAUAUUCUAAUAAGUGAAAUAGCAGCACUUAUAGAAGACUCCGAUGAUAAAGAUGUUUCUGUAAAAGUCGGUCAAGACAACGACGUUAAAAUUUUCACCGCCCAUUCUAUAAUUUUGCGUGCGAGAUCGCGAUAUUUUAAAGUUGCUCUUUCACAUUCGUGGAUUCGUAAAGAAAAUGGGAUCAUCUCGAUGGAUAAACCAAAUAUACGGCCAAUUAUUUUUGAAAAAAUUCUUAGGUAUAUUUAUACUGGUGAUAUUACCUUAACUUUAGAAAAUGAUGAUAUUUUAGAUAUCCUGAUUGCAGCCGACGAGAUGAUUCUUGAAGCGUUAAUCAAGUCAAUUCUGGACUAUAUUAUUUCGGAAGGGAUGGAUUGGAUAAAAGAAAAUAUUGUCAAAGUACAACGAGUUGCCUCAAGCCUUGAAGCAUGCAAAACACUUUCGAAUAAAUGCAACGAGAUUAUGAAAGCAGAACCAGAAAUCAUUUUCAAAUCAAAAUCUUAUUUGACAAUUGAAAAAGAUUUUUUACUUGAUUUAUUGAAACGAAAUGAUUUGGACAUGAAAGAAAUAGAAAUUUGGGACCUUCUUGUGAAGUGGGGAAUCGCACAAAGUGAUGAAAAUCUAAGUCUCGACAAUAUAAAAAACUGGAGUGCCGACAACAAGCAGAAAUUGCAGACAACAUUAAAAGAUUGCAUCACGCAUAUACGUUUCUUUCAAAUAAAUAGCGAAGAUUAUUACCUCAAAGUUUAUCCGUUCAAAUAUAUUCUUCCUUCGCAGCUUAAAAAGGAUUUGAAAGCUUAUUAUCUCGCACCUAAAUUGUAUCCUAAGGAAAAAUUGGAAGGAUACGCUCCUAAACGUGGCAAGGACAAUAUCAAGAUGGGUUUCGCGACACAAACUUUCGGGAAAAUUCCUAUUUUUGAGACAUCUUUCGGCGAACUGCCAAUAUAUGAUUACCAAACUAAAUCCGAACAGUUGGAAAAAGAAUCAGAAGAAAAGGAGCAAGCAGUUAGAAAAGUACG